UUCAGAGAAAGAACUACACCGGAGGAGCGGCUCCAUGCUGGCGUCUCCUCCUCCGGAGCUGUUCGCCGACUUGCGGGACAUGAUCAUGGGGAGCCCGCUGGCCAAAUGUGCCGCCGCCGACCUCGCCAUCCAGUGGGGCGGCUGGGCGAUAGCGGCUGCGCUCAAAACCGAGAAGUUCUACGACUUAGCAGGAUCUGCCACUUUCAUCCUGCUCGCCCAUUUGAGUCGUAUCUGGGGAGGAGGCGGUCACCUUCGUCAGAAUGUUCAGACGGGGCUGGUGACGGCGUGGGGACUCAGGCUGGGAACGUUCCUCUUCCUGCGCGUCUUGAAGGACGGCCACGAUCGAAGGUUUAACAAUGUCAGAGACAGCCCGGGGGUCUUCUUUGUGUACUGGACUAUCCAAGCCCUGUGGGUGUUCAUGACGCUGCUGCCCACCCUCAUACUCAACAGCGAGAAGCGAGACGCCCCGCUGGGACCGAAGGACUACGUAGGCUGGACCCUGUGGGCUCUGGGCUUUGCCACCGAGGCCGUCGCAGACCAGCAGAAAUGGCUCUUCAAGCGAGACCCGGAUAACGUGGGGAAGUUCAUCCAGAGCGGACUGUGGGCGUACAGCAGACACCCCAACUACUUUGGCGAGAUCCUGCAGUGGUGCGGUUUGUGGCUGUCGGCCUCGUCGGUCAUGCGGGGUCCGCAGUACCUGAGCGCGGCCUCGCCGGUGUUCGUCUGGUUCCUGCUGCGCCACGUCAGCGGCAUUCCCAUCCUGGAAAAGCAGGCCAUGAAGAGGUGGGGGUCCGACCCGGUCUUCCAGGACUACCUCAGAAACACGCCUAUGCUGUGGCCUUGGCCCUUAUCAGCGUGAAGACAUUUAGUACAGGACCUUUGACGACAAAUAUUUGGAAUAUUAAAAUCUCAUCUUU